AUGCGAUCUAUAGAAAUUAUCUUAUGCUGCUGUUGUGUAUUUACUGGUCACUUCUCAAAUGGAAGCAACAUUCACACUUCAGAUGUCAAAACGCGCCUUAUUAAUCAUACGAUGGAAUUGAUUGAUAAAGGUUUCACUAAUACUUCGAACCCAGUGAUAAUAACUUCUGAUUUAGUUGAUGACCAAAUUGUAAGUCGAAAUAUUGAUAAUGGAAAUCCGCUGAUUAUAAUGAAUGGUAAUUUUAAAUGUGAGAAAAUCAAAGGGUAUUAUCCUGGCUAUCCUACGUACGUCAUCAAAUUUGAAUCUAUAGAAAAUCUGAUGUCGCUCAUUUUUAAGUUCAUGUAUACAACAAUUUGGAGUUCAAAGUCACCGAUUUUCAUUCUUGACAUUUCUGAAAAGUUUUAUGUUGCGAAACCUUAUGCAAUUCUUGGAUUUCUCGCACAGUUCGAUAUGUUGGUAUCAUAUUACUUGCGUUAUGAUAACGUACAAGAUUCAACCAUAGUUUACACUCUAAACCCUUACACACAAUACGCUCCGUUUCCUUGGAAUGAAGUAACAUUUGCAAACAUCAAGAGUAAAACAAAGACGACACUGUACAGUUUACAGUAUCCGGAAGAUGUAAAGGAAAACUAUCAAAAUAUUAAUUUUGAUAAGACUCAGUACUUGGACGGUCAUGAAAUAAAAAUAUUAGAACUUCUUGAUUUAUCAAAUUCAACUGGACAGUAUAACCAAACAAAAAUUUCUGAUUACAUGAUAACUAUCGCAGCGAACAAAGAAAUUAAAUUACACUCAUUACCUGAUUAUAUGAAUGUUACAACGUCAAUUUAUACCUUAAAGAAUUAUUUUAACAUCGAUAGGAUAAGAUUAGGUUUUGAUAUCGAUCUUCACAAUCGUCGGUAUGAUGCGUUUAAUAAAAUGGGUCAAUUAGCUGAUACAAAUUAUAAAUUGAUGGAUUUUGUGAAGCAGUACCAAGAAAUAACCUUUUCAAUUUUAACGAAAAAGACUGAUUAUUUGACAGUAAUCAGAGAAAUUACCAUCGAUCUUAAUUUUAUCUUUAUCACAAUGUUUGUGUUGUUACUCAUCCUACUGAUCAUUAUAAUAAAUAAUAAAUUUCACGUGAGCCAAGGACUUAUGGACAUUGUGAGCAUGUCACUGGGCAUGGGGAUAAUGUCACCAAUCAACCGUCUCUCGAUGAAGAUUACUUAUUUCUUUGGAUUUUUAUUCAUUUUUGUAGUGAUGCCCGAAUUCCAAGGUCAGAUCUCGGCAGUUUUAUCACAACCAGCGCGACGUAAUGUCGAAACUUUAAAGGACUUAUUCGACAACAAGUAUCAUGUAUUUUAUGAUGCGUAUUUGAUAAAUGACAUUAUAAAUGAAAAAUUAUGGGUGAGUGAAGAGGACCAGAAAUACUUGCAUUUAUCAACUCGUCGCGAUUUGAAAAAAUGUGCGAUCGAAGCCCAACAUAAUUCAACUAUUGCUUGUAUUGAAAGUACUAACUGUCAAUUUAAUUAUGUUUUGAAGUUGAAAAAUCUUUAUGUAUCAAAGGAAAGUGUAUUCAAAAAAUACUACGUGUUUUGGACAAAGAAGAACUGGGCUCUGAAGGACAAAAUUGACAAAGCCCGUUCAAUCCCGGUGGAAACAGGAUUAAUUAACCGUUUCGUUGAGAAGAAAAUAAAGCAAGACUGGAGAACGAUAAAGAAACUGGAGAAAAUCAAAGAAGCUGAAAAGUAUGAACGUGUCGACUUUGAAAACUUGGUGUUUUAUUUCAUUAUGUUUGCGGCCAUCUCGUUAUGGAGUUUGAUCAUCUUUGGAAUUGAGCUCAUGGUUGGCCACAUUCACUCAAAAUAUAUGAGACAGGAAAAGGAGCGACGACUGUUCAUAGAGAGAUUGAGAAGACAACCACGAAUUAUUCUUUCCCCGGAUCGGAUUGUUCCGUCAACCAGCCGCGAAUGA